GUGACUGCUUCGCCGCUCGGCUUUUUACGGUAGAGGCGAGCCGCACUUCGUGCUCCGUUGUUUGGCUGGAAGGCGGAGCCCAGAGCAAUAAAGUCCUCCGAGAAACAACGGCGGGGUCAGAAAUAAGGCUGACUGCCGCCGGGACCAGAACCGUCAACACACCUCUUGGACCGGGUUUAGCUGCUGGAACUUAAGGAAGCGGGGAGGCGGACGGAUACGGUCACCGUUUCACCUGAGUGAUAAAGUCGGAGCAACUCCCCCCAUGAUGGGUGUUCUGGGGAUCAUGAAGAAACACACAUCUCUAGUUUGCCUUUGUGCACUGCUGAGCCUGUUUGGAGUCAAGAAGGUGCUGUGCCAAGCUCCAUCAUAUGGAGAACGAGGCUCUGAUCUUGGUGUCCAGGUGUUUCAGGAAGUAGUCCGCUCCAAGCCCUUAGAGAACGUGGUGCUUUCGCCCCAUGGAGUGGCUUCUGUCUUGGGCAUGCUGCUCCCUGGAGCCCACGGGGAAACGCGGAGGCAGAUCAUCAAAGGGCUGCGGUACAAGAAAAAUGGACCGUACAAGAUGUUGAAGAGGUUGCACAAAACUCUCACUUCAAAGUCCAACCAGGACACUGUUCUGAUUGCCAACGGUAUCUUCAGCCAGAAGGGUUUCCCCAUGGAGAAGAGCUUUAUGAGCACAAACAAAGCCAACUUUCAGUGUGAGAGCAGGAGCCUGGACUUCAGCAACCCCCAUACUGCUGCUGACGAGAUCAACAAAUGGGUCAACAACAUGACCAAAGGUCACAUCCCCAGCUUGGUCAAAGCAGACAUGCUGGAUCCAGCAAUGACCCGUCUGGUCGCUGUCAACUCCAUCUACUUCAAAGGCCUGUGGAAGUCCUGCUUCAAGCCAGAGAACACCAAGAUGCGACCCUUCAACGCGGCUGACGGAAGCGUCUAUAAAGUUCCGAUGAUGUCCCAGCUGUCACUCUUCAACAUAGGCAUUGCCACCACCCCUGAAGGGAGCAAAUACAAGGUGAUCGAGCUGCCGUACCACGGCGACAACAUCACCAUGGUUAUCGUUGUUCCCUCUGAAGAAGACACGCCCCUGUCCAGCAUCACCCCCCACAUCAGCACGGCCACCGUGCAGACCUGGACCAAACUCAUGCACAUGAGGAAGAUCCGCCUGCUCAUCCCAAAGUUCACUGCAGAGGCAGAGGUGGACCUGGAAGCCCCCCUCUCAUCUUUGGGAAUAUCGGACAUUUUCAGUCAGGAGAAAGCCGACUUCUCCCACAUCAGCGCUGAACCUCUGCACGUGUCCAAAGCUCUCCAGAAAGCCAAGAUCAUAGUGAAUGAAGACGGGACACAAGCUGCAGCUGCCACCGCUACCAUCCUCCUGGCGCGGUCCUCCCCGCCAUGGGUCACGGUGGACAGACCGUUCCUCUUCCUCAUCCGGCACAAACCCACAGGAACCAUUCUCUUCAUGGGGCAGAUAAACCAGCCGUGAGGGCGCCGCCUGCUCCCCCCGGACACACUCCAUGAACCCCCUGACCAGCUUGUGGAUCGCUCACUCGCCGCCUUACGGGAACUGUUAUGUAAAAUGUGGACGGAUGAUUUCAGUUUUAAAUAUUGCUUUUUAUGUUACUCAUUUUCUGGAUCGCAGCACGCUGGAUAAAAGGUUUUCCAACUGUUUUAAUUUUGUGUUUAAACUUUUUUGACUAUAUUGCGUUUUUAAAGACUUUGAAUGUCAUUUAUUUUGUUUUGUCUUGCUUUGGCCGUGAGAAGAUUUUUUUUUUUUUACCUUCUUACUGGAAUAUUUGUGUUAUUUUGCCAUCUUUACACUCUUAGAAACAUGUUCUUUUUGUGGAUGAACUUUUCUGUUAAACCUGUUUGAAAAUGCAAGCAAGAAUAAAACAACUGAAAAUGG